UUCAAACCUCAACUAUUUUUAUAACCUGUACCCGCCCCAAUACAAAUUUCAGGGUCCAAAUCUAGGGUUUCUCACAAUAUUUCAUCAAUUAUACACAUAUAUUUAAUUUUUCUUUAUAAACCAAUUCUGUUGAAUUUUCCAGUUUAGAAUGGAAGGCCUGUAUGGAAAGCUCUAUGAUAAGUACACUAAGCUCAAGGCUCAAAAGGAUAAUGAAAAAGACCAGAUCAAUUACGACCAAGAAGAAAAAUAUGUUGACUAUGUCUCUGUUGUAGAUGAUUUGAUUGCUCAUUUAACCAGUGAAAAGGACAGGUUAUCUGCAGAAAUCAGUGAAUUGAGGCAGCAAGUUAUCUCAAUCAGAUCGGCCAAGGAUGAAGAGCAAGAAAAGUAUGAAAGGAUGUUAACAGAAGAGACCCAGAAAAACAAAGAACUUUCAGAAGAAAUUCAGAGGCUUCAAAAUAGAGAAUCUAUUUCCACCACUUACGAUGACACAAUUGGCUCUCCACUUUCGUCAGGCAGAACCAACAGCUCAACAAAGAGAAAGCGACGCAGGACUUCCAUACAUGACCCUGAAGUUGAGGUUGCUCUUGAUGUUGGUGGUCAACAUGAUCAAAAUAAUCAUACCUCACAACGCAAAUCAGAAAAUGCUCUAGAGAAAGAAAACAUGUUCGUUGUUGCUUUUAAUAAUGCUACUCAGCCUAAAUGCUGUCGUCAGAGGCUUGGCAAUUCAGCAAGUGCCUCUGAUCCUACCAUUUGCAUGUUUCAAGAGCUUGUUGAGUGCCUACUCAACCUGAAAUUUUCUAUUGGAACUCAGAGCGGUGAUAAUACACAGAUAACUGCAGUACAUGAAUCGAGUGGAUACUCAUUUAAUUUGGGAUGGGUGAAGAAUGAGUUAGGAGACGAGGAGUUGAUGUACCGCGCGUCUUCAUUGGGAACCUUUGAGAGAGUGGCACCAGAAUGGAUGAGGGAUGUGAUCGUAUUUAGUAAGAGUAUGUGUCAUGUCUUCUUCAAAAGAGUAUCCGCCAUUCUCUAGAUUCAUGAUUAAAAUGUCCUUGCUUUACAUUCUGUAUAGUUAGAUGUUCUAAAAGCUUGAAUACAAAAGAGCUCUUGUUUAGCUUUGUAUGAAAAAUGUUGCUUUUGAGGAUUAUGGGGCUAGCUGUUUUUUAUGUGUUAAAUGUCAGAACUGAUGUAAGAUUAAUGCACAUAUUUUUGUUAUAUAUUUGGCUUAGUAUAUACAUAACAAGCUGUGUUUUGUGUUUUCGUAA